AUCAAUUAUAUAUCUCCCACUACUAGAAAAUACAACACUCUACUUCUACUGGCCGGUAUUCAUUAUUCUCCUAUUCACACCAGCACAAGAUCAUCUACCCCUGAUCUAGAUGAUGAUUAAACAAUGAUGAAAGAUAUGGAGAUUGUAAAUGAAGAAAAAUCAAGUCUUGUAAACAGCUUAAUCAUGGCUAAAUAUGACAAGAUUAAGAGUGAUAUAAAUCAUAUUAGCCAGAUAACAAAGGAGCUCGCACAAGAAGAUCCAAAGAAAAUAGUUCACUCAAUGAAAGUAGCACUUGCUAUAACCUUAGUCUCCCUUUUCUACUACUUUGAUCCUCUUUAUCAAGGAUUCGGUGUCAAUGCUAUGUGGGCUGUUCUCACUGUUGUUGUCGUUUUUGAGUUCUCCGUUGGUGCUACGCUUGGAAAAGGAGUGAAUAGAGCUUUGGCUACAGUUUUAGGAGCUAUGUGUGGAUUUGGAGCUCAUAGAUUAGCCACCCUUUCUGGAGAGAAUUUGGAGCCUGUUUUUCUUGGAUUCUUUGUCUUCAUUACGGCUGCAGUCACAACAUUUAUGCGAUUUUUUCCAAAGAUGAAAGCCAGAUUUGAUUAUGGAUUAUUGAUAUUCAUAUUAACAUUUUGUUUAAUAUGUGUAUCGGGUUAUCGAGAUGAUGAGGUAAUAGACAUGGCUCAUAGAAGAAUUAGCACCAUUCUAAUUGGAAGUUCUACAGCUGUGAUUAUAUGUGUUGUUAUAUGUCCUGUUUGGGCUGGCACUGAUCUACACAAGCUGGUUGCUACUAAUAUUUUAACGCUUGCCCUUUUCCUUCAAGGUAUCACCUACUAUCUUACUUUUAAAUAUUUAAGUUUAAAUAUUUGUUUCCAAAAGAUUAUUUACAAUAUCAAUGGUAAAAAAUAAAAAACAAUAGUGAAUUUUGUAAAAAAAAUAAAGUGCUAUAAAUAAAAAGAAAUUGAAAAUAUAUUCCCUCCCUCGGUUCCUUAAUGAAGUUCUUAUAAGAAAUGUUCACGGCAAUUAAGAAAAAUAGAAUCUUUUAGAUAAUUAAAAUAUUAUUUUAUUGAAUAAUAAAUUUGAUGGAGAAAAAAGUGGGAUCAUAAAUAAUAAAAAAAUAUUAAAAGAAUGUUAGUUGAAAAAAAAUAAGGACCACAACUAAAAAAAAAUAUUUUUAUAAAGUUAGUGAAAAACAUAUAAAGACUAUAAUAAAUUAAUAUUAAAAUAUUAAAAUGAAGUUAAUGGAAGAUAUGUGAGGACCAUAAGCAUUACUAAAAUAUUAAAAUCAGAAUGCGUGAGGUUAUUAUAGUCCAAAACUUGUAAUAUAAUGAAAAGAUUUUUUAUAGAAACAACAAAUGAAAUAAAAAGUGAAAAUUAUGAAUAGAUAAUUUCUAAAAAACGGAAGGAGUAUAUUUUUACCUACCAUUAAUAUGAAUUGAUAAUUAUCACACAUUUCAGGACAUUCUGAUUGCUUAAUUCUAUACUAGGUAGUUAAAUAAUUGUUAUAGCAUCAAGAAACAACUUGGUACAUGCAGAAUGUAUAAUUUUAUGAAAUAAUUUAAUUGGCUUUCUUUUCUAAUUGUUAGAAAUUAAGCUAAUCUAAAUUAUAAUAAUUAUUUUACCAAAUGGUUAUUUAGUUGUGAAAUAUGAAACUAACUGAAGUUACUGAAAUUAAUCAAAAAGAAAACUGGGGGAAAUAUAUCCAAUAUCCUAGCUAGCUAUAUAUAAUACUUUGUUAAUUUACAAAAUACGGGUAAUGUUUGGCUCUUUACAUACUCUAGUGUAUUAAUUUAAUUCUCAAUAUGCUUAAUUAUUAUUUAUGAUAAAAAAUAUAAAAAAAGGAAAUCACUACAAAAGAAUGAUAAAAUGGCGACUACAAAUUUCAUCGCUAUAUGAUAUCUAAAUGAUCAAAAACUGGGACGGGCGACGAGCUGGCGACGGGCCAUAAGGAAGUCGCCUUUUUGGUAGUCGCUAAAAUAAACGUGGACGCGAUUUCCUCCCUAUUUUUCAUGAUCACAAGGGCAACCAACUAGCGACGAACACCCCAUCGCCAAAGCAGUCUAAAAAAGGCGACCAUCCCAACCGUCGCCAACCUCUCACCAAAUCUUUCUGAAACAGGUGACUAUCUCUCGUCGCCAUCCAUCGCCAGCAUCAAUUAUCUUUCCAUUUAAUU